GGUCCCGCACCCGGGCUGCGGCUGCGGGAGAGCCGGGAGCGAGGGCGCGGAAGAGGAGCAGGGUCUUCGCCCGGCGAUCCCCAAUCCGGACUCGGCCCGACCCGGGGCGGGUGGGUGUGUCCGCGCCAUGGGAGCCGUCUGGUCCGCCCUACUGGUCGGCGGGGGGCUGGCGGGGGCACUGCUGGUGUGGCUGCUGCGGGGCGGCCCGGGCGACGCAGGCAAGGACGCCCCUCCCGGGGAGGCCGCGGACGCGAGAGGCGCCCCAGAGCAUCUUCAAGAAAGCAAUGGACAUUUGAUUUCUGAGACCAAAGCAAGAGAAGCUUUAGGAAAUGAAAGCCUUGAGUCUUGUGUGGGAGAAUGGAGAUUCCGAAAACAAGAGACCCCUGCUAAAGCGGCCACAUGUUUUGCAGAGAAGCUACCAUCCAGCAGCCCACACACCAACAGAACUAAGACAGGGAGCCAGGCACAGCUGGAUGCUCAGGCCCCAGCCGGCCAUGAGGACUGGGAAAUGGUGUCUAGGCACUUGUCUUGGGGAGAUGUGGGCUUGGGUGGCAACCUUGAGGCUCCUGGAUUAAGCCUAAGCCAGGAAAUGGACAACAAGAGCAAUCUUAUGGAAGCAAGAGGCUGGGAAGUGGAUGGGAAAAGAAAAAGUGCAGCCGCAGUGUUUUCAGAGUCUGAGCAAGUUAGCAUCAGGUUCCAGGUGCACUACCUCACAAACACAGAUGUCCAGUUCAUUGCGGUAACUGGAGACCACGAGAGUCUAGGCAGGUGGGACACUUAUGUUCCCCUCCACCAUCACAAGGACGGGGUGUGGUCUCAUUCUGUCUUGCUGCCUGCAGAUACAGUGAUGGAGUGGAAGUUUGUGCUGGUGGAGAAUGGGGGAGUUGCACGCUGGGAAGAAGGCAGCAAUAGACUCCUGGCAACAGGGAGAGAGGAUAAGGUGGUUCACGGGUGGUGGGGGAUUCACUGAUGGUCUACAGAGUGCUAGAGGCUGCAGCAGAAGGUGGAAGAGGCCAAGGCUGUAGAGCACACUAAAUAAUUUAAAAUAAAGGCACUGUGACUCUGAAUUUAGCCAUCAGAGCUGCUGCAAAUUUGCUAGUGGCUUUUGUGUAAUGUGCAGAGAUAUCUGUGUAUGCAGAUAGUGCUUCCAGUGGGCUUGGACUUCUUCCUUUGCGGCACUGGUUGACUGACUUGUGCUCAUGCAUCAUUACUUUUGGGUUUAGGCCAUUGAGGAGUGAUCUGGCUGAGCUUCAGGUCUGGACUCCAGCCAAGGAGCACACAAACUAACUAGCUGUACAGGUUCAAGCUGGAGCCUAUAGGGGCUCCGUACUCUGAUGGAGUGGAGCAAGCCUCAUUAAAAACAGCUGAGGACUGUUUUGAAGCUGAUGAAAUAAUGCUGGGCAUGGUGGUGCACACCUGUCAUCCCAGCUACUCUGUAGGCUGCAAUGGGAAGAUCUUGAUCCACGGCAGCCUGGACAGUUCAGUGAGACCAGACCCCCCCCCCCCGCACCGCCACUGCCACACACACCUCUCCCUUACCCCUGCCAAAAAAAAAGAAAAGAAAAAACAGCUGAAAAAGUACUUUUUCCUACAUGCAUAUUUUACAUUUAAAAAUGUGAACCCCAUAUAAAAUCAUAUGGAUGAGAAAAUACUGGGUCACUAGAUGUGAUUAGUGAGGAUAUGAACUAAAACUCUAAGACUCCCUGUGGUUUUUGUCUGGUUUUACCUGUCAGGUAUGGGUCUGAGGGGAGCAAGUAUGUUCUUGUCAUAAUGAUCUAAGGCUGGUGUAGAAACAAGGUGCCUAAUCAGAGUUGGUCGUCCAGGAAGUCAGCGUAGCAGCAGCCAGGGAGAAAGGGGAUAGGAAUGGGGGUGGGGGGUGGGCCAAGCAAGGUGGCCUUAAAGCUGCUUCCUAGAGACCGGGAGGUGCAGGUCCAGCCUGGCUUCAGGAGGGGUGCACCCAGUAUUUCGCCAGAGCCCUUGAGGACAUCUGUCACCACCCGCCCUCUCCCACCAGGUCACCACACAUGGACACAGGCUAUCAUGGGUGACAAAUUUGUACAGGACAGUGGUAUAGAACUCUAUCUUUGCUCUGAGAAGAAACACUUAGCUUUAUAUAAAUGAACAAAUAAUAAAACCUGAAUUUUAAUAUCUUUACUCAAUGUCUGAAUAGUCUAAAUCUUAGUACUACAGUAGUCUAGAUGUAAAAUAAAACAAUGAUAUUUUCUUUCACUAAUGACAGGCACAAAGAAAAAGCAAACGUCAGGUUACAGAUGAAGACUAUGAAGAGUCUAUUUUUCUCCUUCCUUUGGAGAAAGUGUUUAUAUUUCUUUUGAAACUUUACUUCUCACCUGUAGUCCUAGCACUUUGGAGACUUGAGGCAGGAGGAUGAGUUUAAGGUCAGUCUGGGCUAUGUGGCAAAUUCCAGGCCAGCUUUACAUAGUGAGACUCUGUCUCAAAAACCAAAAAUACUUUUGCUUGGUGGGAAAUCCAGCAUGCCUAUCCUUGAAAAUGAAUAUUGUAUGUUGAGAUAACCUUUAGUAAGCAUAGUAUCUACUGGCAGAACAAUGUAUAAUCUGGGUAAAAUGGUCUUUGCUGAAGAGAACCCAGCCACAAACAGCAUUAGGAAGUGCUUCAUGGAACUGGGCAACAGUUUUUGCCCACAACACUGGUCUGUUAAAUUUAGAGGUACUGCUGGGUGCUUCCUAAUGACUUUGAUGUUGCACAAAGAGCUCUUACAGCUAAUGUGCAGAAGGACCAAGAAUUUCUGUGAGACAAUAAAAGAUAAAACAAUUUAAAUAAAAAUCUCUUUAGAAUUGUA